AUGACUUCCUUGUGUAAGUCAUGUGAUUGUCACGUGACAGAGGCAGUACAUUUAUGUGGCGGUACUUUUAUUUUGAAGGUUAGAAAAGUAGACAACCGGGAAAGCACACGCCAGCAUGGACUGUGAAAUUAUUACACAGAGUCCUGAAGAAGAUUCCAAGCUCGAUCCGAUGUCAGAGAAUGACCAAGAUCAGAGGAGUCUGGACAGCCUUCACAGGAUUGCCACACAGUUUGUAAGAUUGCUGCAAGCAGCAGAAGGCGGUGAAUUGGAUAUCAGACAAGCUGCUGGACUGUGCACUGUGGAACAGAAAAGGCACAUUUAUGACAUCACCAACGUGCUACAGGACAUCGGCCUUGUGAAAACAUCCAAAAACUUGAUAAAGUGGAUAGGUGGAAAGAACACUUUCGGUUUAAAGUGUGAGCUGAAGGAGCUGCAGCAGCAGGAGUACAUGCUGGACAUCCAGAGACUAUGGCUGGAACAAAGCGUUCGAAACACCUUAGAAGAGUACCGAGCGCUCAUCUAUGUGAACUAUGACGAUGUCUGCAAUGUCUUCAGUGGCAACACAGUGUUGGCAGUACGAGCGCCUUCAGGCACACGCAUGGAUGUCCCCAUACCUAAAGCAGUUCACAACAGCCCUGCAAAGUAUCAGCUUUACAUAAAAAGCAUCAACGGCCCCAUUGAUGUUGUACUUCUUAACAAACGCUCCAUCAGCUCCGUCCCUGUCGUGUUGUCCUUACCGCCGCCUGAUGACAUUUUACAUAGAGCCAAGUUGGACAUGUCCACCUCAGGUUUAUCAAAAGAAACUAUGGACUUACAUGUCCCUAAAAAAGAAAUUGUGAGUGCAGAUUUAAUAGCAGAGCUCAUAAAAUGUGAAGUUUUAUCUCCGUUACGGCGUGUCUUUCGGCCUCCAGCUAACUGUGUGUCUCAUCUGGAUGGAAGACUUACUCCUGUGUCAGACCCCUAACAAAUCCAAUGUUAUCUUAGAUUGUGUAAGUUUGUGUUUUUUUUUUAAAAAUAGUUGUUUAUUUAAAGAACUAAUAAAACAAUUG